AGAAAAAGGUGGUGGUAAAUAUUCACCCGGAUCGAUGGUUUCUGGGCAAGCCGCGGACUGCCCCAGUCAGGGCAAGCGAGCCGGUCACCUCUGAUCAGCAGAGCGCUGCUCCGGGAGACGUGUCACCCCUAAACUUUCAGAGACAAUCUCGCUGGCUCUAAAGGACAGUCCUGCCAGAAUGCAGAAGAUGGUGCUGGAAAUAUUGGCCAUGUUUGUCCUCGGGAUGAACAAUGGGCCCUGUGCAGGUUUCCCGGUGUAUGACUACGACUUGCCCUCCCUGCGGCAGGCCCUGAGCGCCUCGGUGGCAGACGUGAACUCUCGGUCCCUGAGCCCGUACCUGUUCAGGGCGUUCAGAAGCUCCGUGAAAAGAGUCAACAUGCUGGCUGAGAACAGCUUGAGCAUGGAUAUAGAAUUCAGCAUCCGAGAGACGACCUGUCGGAGGGGCUCCGGCGAGGAUCCCGCCACCUGUGACUUCCAAAGGGGCUACUACGUGCCAGCAGCCGCCUGCAGGAGCACCGUACAGAUGUCCGCCGGGCAAGUGCAGGACGUGUGGGUGCGCUGCCGCUGGUCCUCCAGCUCCGAGUCCGACAGCAGCGAGGAGCUGGGUUUUGGGUUUGUGCUGGAAUCUUCCAGAUGGAGAAGCAGUGAUCUCUUUGAUCUCGUUCCUGACAGACCCACGAGGGAACAGUUUUUUGGAAGGUCGCUCGCCGUCACAACCGCCCCGAAAGGCAGCACUGUGUUCCUUCCCACUGUGUGGAUGGGCACACGGAGGCCGAACGAGUUUCCGCAGCUGGCCCCAGGCUCCGCUGCCCACGGGGAGCUUCGACCCAGUUAGUGAGUGGCAGAGACAGGACUUCGGUGCAGGUCUGCCGGACCCAGAGCCUCUGUUGUUCUCCAUGCUGCUUUCCAAAAGAGUUGUGAAAUUCCCUCUGUGUACACAGUGCUCCACUGCAGUGAAUCAAACAGAUACGGCUGUCGCGCUGACUUCGACGUCUGGUCCUCACUAGGCAUGCUCCAAUUUAUUGGAAGUGCUAUGGCUUACAAUCUGCGGCUUGAUUUUUUAAAAAUUGCAAAGCUCAGUUUUGGACCUUCUCCAGAUGGUCACGUUGAAAGACCGUGCAGUUCUCCCCCAGUGGGACUGCUGCUGAGACGUUUUUUGAGCACUUCUUUUGGAAGGGCCUUCAGCAUCUCUGGCCCAUUCUUUUGAAUCCCUGUAGCAGUAAGGAAACACUUGCCAUUAGGUUUGACUUUAGAAGGAGCCAAAAGACCUUUAGAAAUAAAUCUGAUCAACC